AUGUCGAGCAAAGAAAGAGCAGUUUGUGGGCUCAAAAUGCUAUUCAGGUUACCCAAUAGGAUUUUGCCACUUUUUGAGAAGUGCCAUGUUAGAAGUCUGCAUGUCUUCCCAUGCGUAAAGGCCGAAGAAACCGCCAAUUCCGUGGUGUCGAAGUUGUCGAAAGAUCAAAUGAAGAAAAGAGAAAUUAGAAGGCUAGCACAACGGAAAGCUGCCGCCAGAAGACCUGCAAGCGAACAUCCUUUGUACAUGCCUGUCAAUAAGGCGCUGCGAUUCUUAAGAGCUGCAGAAGUUGGCCAACCACAUUCACAACAAACGCUGAGCGUGACUACGACGGUUGUUUCAGAAAGAGGUGCGCCUCUUUUGAGCGGCAACCUGUCCUUCCCUAACGCUUUGAAGAGUGUCAAAGUGGCUGUUUUCACUAAUGAUGAGCAACAAGCGCAGCUGGCCCGAGAAAAGUUUAACUGUCAUUUAGUUGGCGGUACUGAAUUGGUAGAAAGGAUCAAAGCGGGUGAAUUGGCCCUGGAUUUUGACAAGAGUUUUGCUACGCCUGACAUUGCAAAUACUUUAGCUUCGCAAAUAGGCCGUAUUCUGGGUCCUCGCGGCCUACUGCCCGCCGCCAAAAAAGGUACUGUUUCUGACAAUUUGGAGGCCCUCCUCGCGGAUAGCAUGGGUUCUUUGCCUUUUAGGCAGCGUGGUAAUAGUGUGAGUAUAGCUGUCGGCAAAUGCUCUUUCACGGAUAAACAGAUGCUGGAGAAUAUCGUGGCCGCCCAAAAAGGUGUUAAAUUUGCUUUAUCCAAUCAAAAGACGAAAAAGCCAAGUCUCUUGGGUCAAACAACACUCACAUCUACUCACGGCCCGGGCAUUGUGAUUGAUUUCGCCUAG